GACAGAUGAUGAAAAAUUAGAAAAGAAAGAAAAAUUGGAAAAAUCAGAUAAAUUAGAAAUCAAAGAAAAUUUGGAAAACAUAGUGAAAGUAAAGGAGAAAUUGGAAGAACUAGAAAAAGUAAAAGACAAACUGGAAGAAUUACAGAAAGAACAUGAAAAAUUAGAAAAACAAGAAGAAAAAUUAGGAAAUAACGAAAAGGAAAAAUUGGUAGAUGAAGAAAAAUCCGAGAAGAAGGAAACAUUAGAAGUAUCAGAGAAACUGGAAAUCAAAGAAAACUUAGACGAUAUUGUGAAAAUACGAGAGAAUAAAUUACUGCAAGAUAAAUUAGAAUUAGAAAAGGAAGAAAAAAUAAAAAGAAACGAACAAUUCGUAGAUAAAAAGAAAUCAAAAAAGAAAGAAAAACUGGAGGAUCCAGUUAAAUUAGAAAUCGAAGAUAAAUUGGAGAAUAAAAUAAAAUUCGAAAGUAAAGAAAUACUGGAAGGAAAAGAAUUAUCUGGAGAACAAGAACAAUUGUCUGAAAACAAAAUUAUUAUAGAAAGUAUGAAUCAGAAUGUAUAUGACGAUAAAAUAGAAUCAGGAGAUUCGAAAAAAGAAAUAAAGUCUGGUAAGAGUGGAAAGAUGAAGGAACAAACUAAAUCAAAAUCAAAGAGCAAAAAACAGAAUAAAUCUGAAAGUCGAAGUCAAAAAGAAGAAGGUAAAAAACAAGUAAAAGAUGAAGUAAAAACUAAAAAAGAUCAGAUACAGGAAGAAAUAGCAAAUAAAGUAGAUGUUACCUUGAACGUUGACCUUAAACUUGAGAAUACAGUGUCAUCCGAGAUUUUAACAGAAACAAACAAAUCAGACGAUUCAAAAGAAGAAGUUCUAAAACAGAAUAAUCAAUUACAAUUAAAUGAAAAAUCAUCGACUUCUGUAAUUAGCACGAAAGAUACUACAGAUUCAAAUAAGCCAGCCGAGCAAAUAAAAACAAUUGCAAUUGUCGAUACUGCACUACAAGAUACAAGUCGUGAUGUAAAACUUACUAAACCAAUUCCAGUAGUCAUAAAAGAAACAUCUCCAAAGAUUUCUCAAAAACAGGAGUUGGAAAAGCAGGAAUCGAUUAAAGAAGUGACACCAAAGAAACAGAAGAAAAAGAUUGAAGAAAAGAAAGCGAUAUCCGUAACUAAAGAUGAACAAACUUCUUCAGAAUCACCUUCACAAGUUUUGCAGGAAAUUGCUAACAAAGACAAUAGUAAGUCCUAUUUAGCAACAUUCUCUCAUAAAUCUUCACCACAAUUAAGUAAAGAACAAACAAUUCUUGAAAAAUCAUUACCACUGAAAGCAGAAGUUCAAUCCGACGAAUCACUUACUGAUGAUAUUAUAAAAACAAACGUCGAUAUAAUAUCAAAACAAGGGAUUGAGAAUAACAAUGUUAAAAUCAAGGAAAGUGUAUCAUUCGAUGAAACAGAUUCUCCUGAUGUCCAAAUUACGAACAAUGAUUCCAAAGUCGAAGUGAUAUCAUGGGUAGAAGAAAUAGAAAAAGAAAUAUCUGCACCGACUGUUUUGCAAUCUUCAGAAAAUAUAGAAUCUACUAUGGAAGAUAUGGAAAUUUCCACAACUGAUCUACUGGACACAGAACCUAUUUCAACAGUAGAAACAGACUCGUGGGCUGCUAUUGUGGCUCGAAAAACGAAUGACACAGUAGAUUUACUUCCAUCCGUUGAGCAGUGUACAAUUAAAAAUGAAAAACAUCUAACGAAGGAAGAACAUCUCCCUCAAGUACAGAUUUUCGUAGAAGAGAGUCCUCAAUCAGCACCUAUAGAAAAUCUUGUUCAUGUCGACGAUCAAGGUUUCGUUGAAUUUAUAAAUCGAAAAGAGUUACGAUCCAGAAGAUCCAGAUCUCGAUCGAGAAACCAUAAAUCGAAUGAUUUCGUCGCAGAAACUAUAAACACGACUCAAAAUAAAACUGAUCCUACUUUGGAUACGAUCGAACAAAAAAUACCUGCAGAUGUGAAAUCUAAGACGAGAGCUAAUCAGGACAAAGAAACAAAAAAUGAAAUUCAGAAACAGAAAGGAAAGGGUAAAUCAAAAUCGAAAAGUAAUGAUAAUGAAACUAUUGAAAAACAAGUACAAGAAAAAGAUGAAAAGCUUGUUGUGAAAGAAAAAACUAAGGGAAUAAUAAUUAAAGAUAAAACUUCAGAAAUAGUUAUUGAUGAAAAGAAACAAGAAUAUGAAAAGGACACUAAAUUUGAGUCUCGAAAACAGAAGACAAAAGGCAAUACUAAAUCGAAAGAUCACAAGGUAGAAACUAAAGAAAGUAACAAAAAAUUAGAAAUCUCUUCUAAAAAAGAAGAGAUUCCUAAAGAAGUUAGUAUUGUAAAAAUAAAAGAGACAGAUAAUGUCACGAUAGAACCGAAUAUAAAUAGUCAAGCAAAAUUGAAAGAAACGAAUAAAGAAGAAAUAACAACUGAAAAUCGAAAUAAUGAUUCCAUAGAAAAUUGUGUCUCUGGAACAAAUAAAGAACAUGAAAUUAAUUUAGAAAAAGCCAUAAUUUCAGAUCAAGAAAGUAUAGAACCAGUGAAUAAAGAUAGUAGCAGAGAACAAAAAACGGCUGACAAGCAAAGUAAUAAUUCCACGGAAAUUUGUACCUCCGAAACAAAUAAGGAACAUGAAAUUAGUCCAGAGAAGACCAUAAUUUCAGAUCAAGAAAGCAAAGAGUCGGUGGAGAAAGAAAAAAGUAAAAGCAAAAAACAAAGAUCUAAGAAGAAUAAAUCAGGGAAGAACGAGUGGAAGGAAUCAGUAGAACGAAGUGAAAGUAAGAAACCUAAAGUAGAUAAAGAAUUGACAGAAAAUACUCAAAUUACGGAGAAAGAAAAAACAACCACGAACGAAAACAAUCAAAUAACAGAGAAAAUGGAUACGACCAAAAAUCAGAGUAGUGAAAAAAUAAAAGAUUCUCAAAAUUCAAGAACACCGAAACAAGAGAAAGAUGAAUCUAUUGGUAAAUUAAAAAAUAAGUCGAAAAAUAAAAAAGCGAUGCAGGAUAAAUCAAAGAUGAAUGUUAAUAAGGAUACAGAGGAUAAUAAAGAUAUAGAAAAGUCGCGUAAAGAAAAUGGAGAAACUAAUCAGAUAGAUUCUAAAACUGUAUUGAUAGGAACUGAGACGACAGAUAUAAAUACGAAAUUUAUCGAGGAAGAAAAAUUAGAUACACGUACUGUUACAAAUGGAAAAGAAUUACAUAAAGAAGAUGAAAAUAAUCAAGUCGAUUUAAAAUCGGUUCUCAUAGAAACUAACCGGAUAGAAAUAUCUAGUGAUAAAAAACAAAUGGAAGAAAUAUCUGAACAUAGUCAAGCUGAGUCAAAAAUUGAGCCAGAAGUAAAUGAGAAAUUUAUUUCAGAAGAAAAAUUAAAGGAACGUGAUGACAAAAUUGAUGAAGAUUUGCAAGCGUUACAAGAAAAUGAACGAUCUACACAGUCUGCUAUAAAUCCAGAAAUAAAAGAAUCAGUAAUAGAUCGAAAAACCCAGCAAAAAUCGAAAAAGGAAGAUAAGAAGAAAAAAAAGCAAAGUGCUAAACAUUUACCUGAAGAUACUUUGAGUAAUAAAGAAACUGAGAAAAAAGAGAUUAAAAAAGAAGAUGAAAUUACUGAAAAAACUGAAAUUAAACCGGCAACAUUAGAACUUAUUGCACAUGAAAUAGAAACAUCGAUAACAGACAUUAAACUUGAACCACAGGAAAUUUUUCUAGGUAACGUUAACGACAACACAUGUGAGAAAUGUCUUGAGAACAAAACUGAACAAAAAGAAAUUAGCGUAACUCCCGAAACGAUAGCAUUAGAUUCUACACUUUCUUCCAACGUGGUAGAAAUUAUUACAGAUAAAUUAAAUAUAUCGGAUCAUGAAAAAGCUUCUACAAAUAUCGUCUUUUCGCAAGAUAAUAUAAUCUCAAAAUCAAGUGAGAAUAUUAAUGAGGAUACAACUGAUCCAAAGGAAUACAUCGAGCAAAUUGAGAACGAAGAUAAAAAUACAUUGAAAGAAAUCGAGGAGCAACCUUCUUUGGAAAUAAAAUCAUGUCCUGCGAUAAUCGAUGAUCUCGAGCAGUUACAUGAAAAUGAAGAAAGCAUUGAAACUGAUCCCUCUGCAGAGAAUCGUCCAAAAGUACGAUUCUAUAUUGCUGACGACGUUCUUAUUCUUACUCAUGAUAAAGAAAAAGAACUGAAAUCAGCGAUGAUUCAGGAGAGAACAUUGAAUACGGUACGAUCGAAAUUCCUUUCUCUCGAUGGUGGUUUUUGGCCGACGAAACAUCCUUAUCAUGAAGCCGAAAAAGAUCUGUUUGAGAGUUUAGCUCACCAUAUUGAGAAUGAUUCGAUUGAGAACAAUAAAAAGGAUUCCAGUGAUCGUGAUCCACCGGAUCACGGUUAUGACGACGAUAAUAAUGGGGGUGGAUCUAGAGGUGGUUCAGGGCGCUGUUUCGAUAAUUCGCGAUCUCUACUGGGUUCACCUCGUACGGAAUGCCUCGUGACCGACCUGCCUGGUGGCAUUUGUAGUUGGCGUGAUUAUAGUACUUAUUUAUCGAGCGAGAACGAGGAGAAACCGGAUAACAUCUUGCAGCUUACAUAUAAAAUGACUGAAAACUUGAUAACCGAGCCAAGCUUGCCUUCGAAGCCAUCAUCCUCUUCGACUAAUCUUCAAUUAACUUCAGAAACCCAAAUGAAUUCUAGCCAUCCUACCUGGACCGAUGUUUCAAGUGAUAACAAUCCACUUCCUCCUGACCAUUCCAGUACCAAUGUAUCAACUAAUAUUCUUAUAGAGAACGAAGAAAAACAAACUUCCAUGUCCAUUCCUUUGAACGACGAACAAUUCGUUCAAUUUAAAUCUUCCUCGAUAUCAACCUCCAUCCCAAAUCAUCCAGAACCAAUACAAGAUAUAGGUAGAGCAACGCUGGAAUCUCUGCAGCAAAGGCCUCCGAAUGAACAGGUGGAGAGAGAGACGAGGGCAAUCGACGACAAGACUAUGAGGAUACGAGGGAUCAAGGAUACCAUAGAAGCGCAUCUCGCAACAUUAAAAACUGCCCUUUUGGAUGUAGAAGCUACGAAUUUGCCUCGUGAUUCUAUUCAAUCAAUGUUAUCUACCACUGGGGCAAUGGUAACGAAACUUCAAGAUUACGAUGAAGAAACUAUACAAUUGCGGCAACAAUUGUAUGAAAUUCCAAACGAUACUACUUGUCAACUAUUUACGAAUGCUUUGGAAAGUAUUCAAUCGCACAUUAAUAAGUUGUUAACUGAAGCAAAACAAAGUUAUGAGCUCUUAGAGCAAGCUUUAGAGAUUCAACGUCAACGAAGCAAAGAAAUAGAGGAGUAUCAAAUCUUUCUUGAAGAAACGGAUGCUUGGCUAAAGGAUAUCGUACUUAGAAUAAAUGAGUCGGUAACUGUGGACCAGAAUUUGCAAGUCCAGUUGUUAGAUCGUACUCAACGAAUAUCCAAAUUGGAAUCACUACCAGAAGUUAAAGACUUGGCAAAAGUAUUGAAAAAUGAACUGAUGGACAUAAUUAACCGUCUUCAGCAAAAGCAGCAGGAAUUGCUGGAUGAAGAAGCAAUGGCCGAUGACGAAACUACAGAUCGUGAUGAUGCCACAAUCGAUCAGGCACCAUCGAUACACUCUACUGUUGAAAGCAGUCCACCAUCCUUAGCCGAUGUGUCCUUACAAACAGGACAAAGUUUAUUAUUAGAUAUUGUAGAAGAUAAACCAUUACAACUUACGAAACAAACCUCGACAACUCAGAUUCCAGUUAUAACAGCUACUCAAUCAUUCAUGACACAAACUAUAGAUGCCACAACUUUCCCAGAUCAGCAAAUAAAAGAAACAAUCAAGGUAGUAAAACUCUCCGAGGGUGAUCAUGAUGUUAUCGAAAUAGCAACAAAGAACGCAAGGGCUGAUGUAAGUCAAAAUUUAAUUCGAAGUGAACAAAGUAACGUCGUACCUGAUGAUAUAAUAGUUGAUAUGAAAUAUCAAGAUGGUCAAAAGGAAGAGAAUGCUAAAAGCGAAUUAAACAUUCAUCAUGCGACUCCUCAAUCUUUCGAAACUGUACUUGUUGAACCAGACGACGUGACUACUGAAAUAGUUGUCGAUGCAGAUGGUACGAAGAGAAUUAUCGUUAGAAAGUUAAGACACACAGUUGUUUCCAACAGACACGCUCAACAACAUGCAUCGUCGAUUACGACAGCUCUUGGUGAGGAUGCGUCAAUGAUGCAAGCAUUUUCAGAAGCAACCCUGAGAGAUCAAUACGUCACGGUUACUACAACGAAACCUGAUGGUACCGUAGAAACAUUAACGAAACAAAUUCACGGUAGUAAAGUAACAACAGGUAUACCAGAUGCAGAAUAUUUCGAAGAGAAAUAUGAAUCAACACCACACUACACCCACAAAAUAAUUCAGGGAGCUGUCAGAGAUAUCAGUCCUUUACCUAUGGAAGAACAGAUAUUAGAACAUGGUCAAUAUCAAACGAAGACAUCUAGCGUUCACGCUGUAGUACAACAAGUGACUAGAAGAGUUAUCAAGAAAACGCGAAGAAUUAUACGAAAAGUUACAAUCAUAGAUGGUAAGGAAACUACAAGCGAGGAGAUAAUUGAAGAACCUGAAGAAAUAGAAAUAGAUGAGCAAGAUAUACCGCAUAUUAAUAUCAAUGUUAUUAAAGACGAAAGUGAAAAAACAUUUGGAUUAGAAAAAAGGGUAAGUGAUGAAAAGAAACAAGAGCCGUCAUUAUUCUCAAGCCUCUCAGGAAAUAUACAAAGUGAUACUUCUUAUGAACAGCGUUGUCCAGAUAGUCCUAUGCAAGGUCCAUUCUUUGGUCCAUUUGCAAAGGAUAUGUCAAGCAUACGUCGAUCUGAGGUAAAGAAAAAGUCUAUUGAAAGUACUAUCAUUGACGAUACGAAAGUUGAUGCGGGAAAAACACGCGACGAAUUAAAAGAAGCAGGAAAAGUUGAAGUUAAAGAUUCGUGGGACGAUACAAAUGAACAAAAGCUUAUCAUAAAGGAACAACCUAUUACUCUGUUUCAAGAACAAGAUAUUCUUACUUGCACUGUCACUGAUGUUCCAUCUGAACCUGUCGUUGAUAUUCAUAGCCACGAAGAUGUUGUUACAGAGGUAAAUAAUACGGGGCAAACACUUCUAAAGGAACAAGUAGUGUCCUAUCUAGGAGAGUCUAUUAUUUUGCAGACACCAGAUGAGGAUAUUCCUGCUGCUAUGCAAUCGUCAGUAUUAUCGGAGGAUCCAGCAAAGACCGACAACACAUCAGUUACAACUAAAGCUACUUGUAAGUUUGACGAUGUAAGCUACAAAACACUCGAUACCUUGGUAGAAAGCAGCACGGUAGAUGUAGCAAAGCACGAUGAUGGUAGCAAUAUUCUAGAUGCUGACAAAGAAACUAGUAGAUCGAGUAUUUAUAUGUUAGAGGAUACACGGAAAAUUCAAGAAGAGGCAUUACCCACAAUGGAGAGCAAACUGGAAGAUAAUAAUGUCGAACAAUUACAAAAACAAUUAGCAGAUAUUCAAUUUGAUGUUAAAACAGAAGGGGUUACAUCACCAGGAAUAAUUCAAAUAACACAAACUACAGACGAGGAUAUUAUCCAUAAAGAUGUUCCAAAAGCACAAGACGAAAAACAACAAAUAGAAACAUUUUUAACAAAAGAAAGAGAAGAUAUAUAUAAAGAUAACAUUUCAUUACUGGAACAGAAAUCGUCUGUUGGAAAAGUUGAAAUUUCUUUGUCUAUUCAAAAACACGAUGAAAAACCAGAGUCUAUAGUAUACAUAAAAACCCAAUCAGAACGUUCAAAUGAACGACCAUAUCAUACUGUCUUAGAAGAUAUUAAGAUCAGUCUUCCAGCGGAUCAAGAAGCCUCCGAAAUAAUUCAUAACAAAACUGUGCAGACGAGUCCAUUAAAUAUCGUUCAAAAAGACACGGUAACAACUCAGACGUCAAUACCUUUGAGUACUGAAACGAGCCAACAAGACUUGGUGAAUGAUAAAUUAAACUUACCAGAGGAUCAAAAAGCGGAACUACAACAACUACAAAAAGAGGAACUACAAGAGGAACUAAUACAAGAAGAACUACAACAAGAUGCAGGAACUGUUAGUCCGGUUUCCACAACUAUUGCUGAGUCAAUAGAGAUCAGUGUACCAUUAUCCGAAUCACCAGAACAUACCAGCGAACAACCUCAACCAGACAUAAUAGAAAUUACCGAUUCACUAGGACUAAGCUCACAUAUUAAAAACGAGAGUUUUGAAUAUGAUCAUGGAUAUGAACCAGAUGACAGAACAACGGUUGAAGAAUCUUUUUCUGCUCAAGGUGACGAUGAUAUAGGGAGAAAGAAGAAAAAGAAAAAGAGAAAGAAACAAAAAAUUCGCGAAGUAAUAGAAGAUUCCUCUGGAGUACCUAAAAGUUCUUCGGAUGAAGCAAAUUCAGCGAGUAAGGCAACGAUGUCAGAUGAAGAAGACGACGUGAUCGAAGAAACGAAAGAAAUUGAAACUGUCGAAACAAAGCCUAUCGUUGAAGAACCAGAGAUCUGUGUGGAUAAAAUUCCUAUUGACACGCAAACUGUCGUCAUAGAAACAUGUGAUGUAUCAAUUUCUCCGGAACAAAAUAAGGAAUUAAUUUCUAUGGAAUCAGUAGCUGACACUGUAGAACAGGAAGUACAAACAUUUAAAAUAGAAGAAACAGAUAGUCAUAUGCAAACUUCGCCACAAGCUAUGUUUGCAAGUGCUAUGCAAACGGUUCAGGAAGAAAUACCUGAAAUAAAAGAAUCCAGUAUACAAACGGUAACACCAACGAAAACACCAACGACGGAAAACGCGAUUCAGACCAGUCCUAUUGAAGACGUUUCAUCAUCACCUAUUGUGCUCGAAACUGAAGAUUCACAUGUACAAACAAUCAUAGAAAUGAAUUCAGCAGAAAUGCAAACUUCUCCGAUAGAAUACAUUCCUUCGAUAGAUACGGAAACUCAAACGUUACCGAAAGUAUCAAUCGACGUUGAACAACAAACCUCAGCUCCUGCGACUAUAGAACAAACGACAUCUCCUGAUGUAUCAGAGACAGUCGAAGUAAACGUACAAACGAGCAAACCACCUAGUCCUGAGAAACCAGAAAUGUUAGAUUUCGAUGUUCAAGCUGAACUGUUGGAGAAAGCAAUAUUUGAAACCGCAGAAACACAAACAAUGUCGAAUGAACCAGUACAACAAAUGGAAACUCAAGAAACAGAGAUACAAACAAAAUCGCCUGAACUUUAUUCAUUAGAAACUAUGGAAACUCAGACAACUCCUGAAGACAGUCUGAAAAAAAUCGAAACAGAGGAAAGGGAAAUACAAGUAAAGUCGUUCCAACUAUUCCCACUUGAUAGCAUAGAAACCCAAACGACGCCAGCACAGAGUCCUCAUAAAGUAGAGAUUAUGGAAAAAGAAGUACAAGUGCAGUUAAUGGAUAUUACUUCUCCUGAAACAGUGGAAACACAAACGACGCCUCAGGAAAGUCCACGACAAAUAGAAAUCUUCGAAAGAGAAGUUCAGACAAUAUCACCGUCACCAAUUACUGACAUUAUGAUUCAAACAAGUCCAAUGAUUAACCUAGAACCACGAGAAAGUUAUGAUCUUGAAACACAAACUAUCCAGGAAUCAGUGGAAUAUGGUACGGAAGAAGAAACACAAACUAGCUCGCCAGAAGUCGUAGAAACCAUUAGUAGUUCUAUGCAAGUAGAAUCUAAAGAAUUAAUACCUCUUCUUGAUAAAACUUCACAAAUAUCUUCCGAAAAUUGUGAAAAAAGUUCACAAGUCUCACCCAAGUUACAAGAAGAGCAUGACGAGUCAACGUCGGUACAUAGUAUCACUGAAGAUCAACUUCUGGAAACAAUAGCAUCGGUUGCAUCAUCCGAUGAUAUAAAAACGCAAUUGAGUUCAACUCAGUCAACAGUCGUAGAAGCUACAGAAACAUUACUAAAAUCAGAAAUCAGUGAUGCUUUGGUGCAGUCACCACAAUCUGAUAUAAAAAUAUCUGAGGAGACUUUGUUUCUUCAAAAGGAAAAUGAGGUUAUGAAAAUGCCGAAAGAAGAAAUCAUGGACCAACCGUUAGAGAAAGAAGAAGACAUUGAUGAAUCGAACAAAUCAAUAGAUAUAUCGGUCGAAAAGAAUUCAACGCCAGAUACCUCAUUCGAAGUACACAUCAAAGCGACGAUAGAAUUACCUAAUAGCGAAACAUCUAGCGAAGCUAUAAUGAAUUCGGAAUCAUCAACAGAUAUUUCGCAAGAUGUAUCACUCAGUCCCAGUACAAAUGAUAAUAAUGAAAAUAAAUUAGAAAAAAGACAAAAAAGAAAGAGAAAACAUAAGACUAUGGAAAUUCAAUUAUUGACUAAAGAAACGGGUAAUUUAGACUCUAUAUUCGAACAACCAGCACAAACACAAAAUUCAUCUUUGAAAUUAUCUUAUUCCGACGUAACUAAGAAAAAUGCAAAUAAGCAACCAUUCGCAGUAAAUGUUGAUAAACCAAUAACUGCUCAAAGUUUUGGAGAGAACGUUGAUUAUACAUUAACCAAAUCUUCUGCUCCUUUGGAUCUUGACGAGGGACUUAAAAAAGAAGUUCAAGAAAUGAAUUUAGGAGAUGAAACAAUACCGAUGUCUUUGGAUACAAGUAUCAGUCCUAUCUCACAAUCAACGAUUUUUGCUGAUUUAUCUAACCCGUCAAAAUCAGAUAAACCAUUCGAAUCUUCCUUAACGAGUGAAGGUCAACGAUUCGAAGCUCUCUUCGUAUCUACUCCCAGCGAACCAAUGGAUACAACUAUGUCGCCAGAUGAAUCACCAUCAUCAAAUCAAAUUGAGAAACCAAUAAAAACACAAGCGAAGACUUACGCGGAAGCUAUUUCACAAUUAUUAAAAACUUCAUCGAUACCUGGUGUAGUCGAAAAAGAAUAUGAUACAUUGGCAUGGGAAGAUCGAUUACUUGUUCCUCACUCAACAAAUUCACAUAAAACAACUAAUCAAACUGAGUUUUCAUUAAGAGAAGCAAUAGAAGGAAGAAUUCCUCAACAUCAGCCUACCCAAAAGAUCCAAACUACACGAAUAAUUUCGGAUAGAGUGAAAAGUCUUAACAAUGCAGCAGAGACGGAUCAUUUGGGCAAUGUAUUGCACGUUGCUCGUUUAAGCGAAGUUAUGACAGAUAAAUCGGCAGAAGAACGUUCGUUGGAUGUACGGAAGGAAUUAACACAGCUCAGAAACGCUAUAGAAGAAAACGAUAUAGUAAUCGUCGAGGAAACUCUUCUCACGGUUAUAGAAACUAUAUCCACGUGGUUAGAAACGAUCGAAUAUAGAAUUUUUCUCAAUAGAGAGUGUCCAAGUGAACUGUCUCACAACGAUGCGAAAACUUUUAUCGAGCUGAAGGAAGAAGUAGAUCAUGUAGAAGAGAACAUCCGAGAACUCAAUGACAUUUGGAAACUCGUUGAAGCCAAUUAUCCUAUCGAAGAACGUGCUAUAUUGAGAGAAUGUUUUGACGCGCUCGAACAACAUGUGAAAGCCGUCGAACACGUGACAAAUACCAGCGAGGAAUGUGCUAGUAAUCAUCUCGCCAAGUGGGAUGAAUUAUUAAAUGGUGUAAAUAAUAUAUACAGAUUAGUCGAAGAACAACGUAAGCAAUUGGAUAAUAUAAUCGAAUGCGAAGCUUCGACAAGAUGGAAACUUCAAGAACUAGAUAAGAUGGAAAACAUGAAUCGUUGUCACAUGUGGAAGACUGGAAAGCUUCUUGCUACUUCGCAUGAAUUACUCCGAGAUUACCCUGGAAAAAUUAUUCCAGAAGAGACUUACUUAGCUCACGAAAUUACCAAAAUCAUCGAGAACAGUAUAAGCAUAGAAAGAGAUCGACUUCUUCAAUUGCUCGCUUUAGCUGAAGAAUACGAACAAACCUUACAAGAAUUUUCACAAAUUAUUGAAAUUGCUGAGAAUUUGCUACAGAGUCCAAUAUCUGUCAUGAAUUUGGAACAUCUUCAAGAAGAAAUGCAAAAACAUAGGAAAUUCUUCGUUAAUUUGAAUCAUUGUCGCGCAAUUUUAGAAUCAUUGGAAGGCAAUCUGGAUCUAGAAACUAGAGCCAAACAUACUGAUUUGCACGUAGAAUUACAUAGUCGUGCAUCUUCGUUGCUUGACCAAGCUGCCUCUCGAGCGCAGCAAAUGGCAUUAGCAGCUACACGUUGGAUUCUUUUAGAGCAAGGUGUAAAAGAGGAAAAAGGCUGGCUUCAAGUAGCUCAUCAACGUGUUCCUGAUCUCCAAACAGUCACUUCUUCCGACUAUGAUCAAUAUAUUUCUUUGUAUCAGUCUUUAUCUUCUGACGUUGCCACACAUCACGCCCGUAUCAUUCAACUAUUGGACAUUGCAAAUCGUUUAGAAGAAUUGGUGACCAUUGAAAAUUCUGAAGAUCGUUAUAACGAAGUCUUAGAUGUGAUCGUUAAACUUCAGGAUAGUAUAGAAUCUUCUUUAAGACGAUUAUUAUCAUUCCGAGAAAAUUGGAGUACCCAGCAAACAUUAAUCGAUCGUAUCGAGAAUUGGAUGACAACAGCCGAAAAAGAGCUAAUUCCUCUAAGUGAUACAUCAAAUGGAAGCAUGCGUCGUUUUUGGGAAUUAAAAGCUCAAUAUGAAAUACACAAUAACAUGCGCAACGAAGCAGACAAGUGUUUCGAGCAAGCUUUGAAGAUCAUUCCUCUUUCGGACGAGAUGCUUCAAAGACAAUUCCACGGUGAAUUACAAUAUCGAUGGAAAGACGUGACGGAAAAAAUCAAUGAAAUUCAGUCGGAGAUUACGCGUAACAUUUCCUCCGAAGAUAUCUCCUCGAACGAAAGAUUGAAAAUAUUGGAAAGAGAAUUAAACGAAUUGAGAAUGUGUCUCGAUGAUUUACAUGGAGUGUUGAAGACGGAGGAAGAGCUUGAUCUUUACAUAGAAAGACUUACCGUCCUAUUCGACAGAGUUUCGUUGAUUCAAGAUAAACUGAGUCGCUUGGGUCUUCUACCAGCGGCAGAAAGUGAAACUGUUGGAAUUCUCUUAUCGUCUGCUCAUCGUAUAGAGAGUCAGAUAAGUGAAGAAUUGGAUUCGGCUCAAUUACUUCGAGAAAAACUUCAAGCAUUAAAACGUGGACUUGGACAUGUCAGGAAAGCUCAUCAAAAACAUUCCUUGACUUUGGAUCAAUGCGAAGAAAGCGAAAAGCAAGGAAGCGACGUUGUCUCAGCUGCUGUAGAUCGCUGCGAAUCCGUUUCGGAUGAGCUAAUAGUUCUUUGGCACGAUCUUAUGAGUCUUCGGCAAUUGUUACAUAAGUUGCCAUCCGGUAUGAGAAUCAGUGUAUCACCUGUAGGCAUCGAACGCGAUAUCUCCGCUCUUCAGGAUGCUCACACUGAACUAGAAUCUAGAUGCACACGUUUACUAUCCACAUUACGAAAUAGACUUGCAUUGUGGAAUCACUUUGAAAAACAUUUGGAAAUGGUACAGCAAUCCGUUCAAGAAGCUGAUUAUAUGAUGGAGCUCUUAACUGUUCAAGGAUCGGUGGAUUACGAUAGAUUACUCAAGGCCACCGAGCGACUUGAGGGAUUAAACGGUGAUUUCGGUGCACGCGAGGUGCUUAUUAGCGAACUUCAUGCCGCUGCUGAACCUCUGCGGGAGAGCUGCGCUGCAGAGGUCCGUGAGAGGGUCGAAGCAGCGGUAAAUGAAGCUGUACGAGCUUGGGAGGACACGAAAGCUGAAUUGGAUGCCCUUUGUACAAAAUAUCAACACGCCUGCAACUUGUGGCAACAAUACAGAGAUUCGAGCGCAGCAGUAAAAGCUUGGAUGGACACUCAAAUGGGUAGUGUAGCUAAUUUACCUCCGGAGGAGGCUAUCAAGCAAGUCAAGGUUUGCGAAGAAACCCUGGCAGAACACAAGGAAAGGUUGGCGGAAUUACGCGGUUUGGUAGCCCAGAUCGCAUCAGACGUCGGCUUAGACGCUGGCGGUCCGUUACACUGUGAGGUCGAAGCACUUGGUCGUCGACUCGAAGAUGUCCGUGAAACUUUGUCAACCCUCGCCGACACUGCCGACGUGCGUGUCCUUAAUCAAGAACUUACGCAUGUAGAUCUUUGUCAGACGAAGAAUUUCCUCGACACAGUACAACAGAGUUUGACGACUGUCGGUCAAGAAGAAUCCAAUGAGCACUUGAAGCUACUCCGUAAUCAUCUGCUUGCGCUAACACGUACGGAACCACAGCUCCAAUCUAUCAAAGAUAGGACUGUAACAAUGUCAACUCAAGAACCAUCGGUCGUCGAAGUCCUUCAGCAAUGGCAACGAGUAUUCAAAGAAACCUUCCAACAUUAUCACCGUCUAUCUGUUCGUUUGUUUAAGUCACAGGACGUAAUCGCGGUUCUGAAGUUGUGGCAAGAACAUCUAACUUAUGUGCAAGAGUUCUUAUCUAACCGCGUACCCGGUGAUUACAAUGGUUUAUCCGAGCAUAGAAAUCUUUGCGAGGUUUAUAGAAAUCUUCUUACCGACCAACAAAAUCACUUGUUAACUAUUCAUGGAAAAGAAGGUAAAGAUCUGAAUGUUACCGAACAGUUCAAUGCUCUGACAAAUCUUCACAAUGAAACAUUGGCAAAAAUCAUGGAAAGACACACCGCUGUACACGAUCGACUCUUAGCAUGGGACAAUUACAGACGUGAUCAAAACGACCUCUUCGCUUGGUUGAAGGACAUUGAGAGAGAACGCAGCCGACUGCAAUUACGCUUCAUACACGUUCAUAGAUUGGAUAAGAUUCUCCAAAGAAUUCAAGCUCUGCUUGAAAAAGUUCCAUCAGGUGAGGCCCAAAUAGAAUCGCUUCAAAAACAACAAACUCCUUUGCUUAUUGAUUGCGAUGAGACUUUAGCCGUUUCGGUGCGCAUGGAACAUGCAGCGAACGUUGAACGUAUCGCCAAUUUACGUGCCGGUUUAGAAACCUGGAGAGACUUCGUUGAGAGAGUACAAAAACUUCAUGAACAACAUGUGGCACAGACCGAUAGGAUCACGAACACGUUACAGGAUAUCGGUCAGAUACUUAAUUCUGUCCUUCACUCGAUCCCUGGUAAAUUGUCACAAACCAAAGAAAAUUUGCUUUUCCUUCAAGAAUUGAAAACUCGUCUGGUCGAUACUAGUAACGAAUUGGAAUCUUUAAACGUACUUACUAAAAAGCUACGAGAAUGUCUUAGUCCUUCUGACAUGAAAUCAUUGAAUCAGCACGUUGCACUUUUGUGGCAACAACAAGGAGACCUCGAUCAUCAGUUAGCUUUAGUCGAGUACAAGCUUGGCGAACGUUGCGGCCUACAAAAUCGUUGGAUCAACAGACAAAGCAGACUGUUGACCUGGAUUGAAGACGCGGAAAGCAGAGUGAAAAAUUGGGACAUGAUCCCUCUUGGUGAACCCGAAAAAGUGCUAAAACGAUUCGAGUGCGAGUUGCAGGCAGAAAUAGCUUUAAAACAGCGAGAAUUCGAGUGGGUGCAAAAAACUGGUCAAGAAUUAAUCGAUGCAACCGACGAUACUGAAAAAGCUAAGGUGCAAAAUGGAUUGGACGAAGUGAACGAAAAAUGGUGUAGAUUACUUACGAGUGGAAAAGUUCGAGCGAAUAAAUUACACGAUUUAAUACAAUCAAUAAACACUCUUGAAAAGAAAUUAAUAGAACAAAGAAGUUGGAUGACAGGUAUCGAGGCGCAACUUUCCGAAAAUUUCAUCAUCGAAACUGUGAAUCAAAGCUGUAUUGAUAAGAAAUUAGAGGAUCAUGAAUACAUUCAGAAAGCUAUUCAAACGGAAGGUGCCAAAAUCGGAGAAGUAUUGAAUCUCUGUGAAAUGUUACUACACGAUUCCGAUAUAUGGAAAACAUCUCUGAAUACCGAUACGAUCAAGAACGGUAUGGAAGGUCUUCAACGUCGAUGGAAAACUACGUGUGUUAGAUCGGCUGAACGUAAGCAAGAAAUCAUAUUGGCCUGGAAGUUACUUCGUGAGAUGGAUAAUAUUAGAAUAGAACACGAAGGUUGGAUCACUCAAACAGAAAGUGCACUUGCGAGUUUUGAGAAAGAAAUGAAUGAAAUUACUAAAAAGGAUACGAAGGAAAUGCUAGAGAGAUUGAAAACGAUAAUGAAAGAUAUCGAAGCGCAUGAACCAGCUUUGAAGAUUCUUGAACAAAACUUUGGACGACUUGCAAAAACUAGAUUGGAACCUGAAAAUUUAAAAUCGCUUACAGCUAAAAGUCGUAAAACUAUAGACCGAUGGCUCCAACUUAGUAGUAGAACAAAUUCCAUAAUCGCAGCGAUAGAACGCGAACAAAUGGACUAUCACGAAUUUAAUUUGGCUCAUGGUGCUGCGUUAGUUAGCCUGACACAAAUCGAUAUUCGAUUGACUCAAUUGCAACACUUGCUUACUCCUGAACAACGAACGACACCACGUGGUAGACUGCAACGAUUAUCUGAAAUCGAAAAAGAAUUGAACGCUCAAAAUGUUCUACUGCAAAAAGCUGAUAAAUUAGCACUCGAAAUUAUGCAGGACAGUCAUCCGGAUGAUGUGGCUAGUAUACAGGAACUCGUGGACGAAUAUCAGUCUUUAUGGAAAGAAAUUAAAACGCGAGUUACUACUUUAAGGACCGAAUUAGAAUCUCAGGAAAAAUCUGAAGUAGACGAAGCCGUUCAGGUUGAAACUUUGAAAUUCGAACAAGACACGGCUGUUCAAGUGAACACUUUGCCUAGAUUAAUUAGAAUGACAUCUUGCGACGCGUAUAUGUUGGAAUUGAAAACAGCUCUCACGGAAUGCCAUCAUUCUUUGGAUGCAUUAGAGACAACUAUCACCCCAGAGCCUGUAUCUGGACCAAACCUGAAUACAACAACUAAAACAAUUGCAAAAUUGAUUGGAUGUUGUCAAUCGUCUAUAGAACUUGUGCGUCAUCUCCAUACUUUACUCAUGGAAGACACAAAAUUCAAUGUAGAAACAACAAUAAGCGAGGAGGUGCAAACUGUGAUAUCUCGAUAUGAAGCUCUUCUUUUACUCGCUAGAACGCGUGAACAACAAAUUAGGGAACUCAGGUCUCCCAUUACAGACGCUUAUUCAUUUCCAUGUAAUCACGAUAGUGGUAGACUAACGUGUCCGCUUUGCUCUCGACGUAACUGGACUCAGUUGGAUAAUGAUCUCUGGCGUCUAGAAAAAUGGUUAGAGUUUGCUGAAGGCACCCAAAGUGAACAACACUCGCCACCGAGUAAUAUCGAGGACCUGGAAUAUGUUAUUCAAGAACAUAGAGAAUUUCUUCAGCACCUUGACAGUCACAAAAGCAUUGUCGUUAGUUUGAACAUUGUAGGUGUUCAUUUGGCUGAACAUACAGAAGACACUAGCCGCGCAACAGAAUUACGUGAUCGAUUAACUGUUGCAAACACAAGAUGGGACAAAGUAUGUGCGUCGGCUGAAAAAUGGCAAGAACAAUUGCGGCGUGCACUUAUUUCGAAUCAUCAAUUUCAUCGUAUCAUCGAAGAGUUGUUCGCUUGGCUCGAAAAGACAGAAAUUGUAAUUAGGACGAGUGAACCAAUCGAUCUUUCCGAAGCUACCGAUAUUCUGGAAACAAAAUAUAACAAAUUCAGGGAACUACGAAGUGACCUUGAGCGCUGUGAACCGCGUGUUUUAUCUCUCCAAGAAUCUGCCAAUCAACUAUUAAAUGAACAGGGAGGAGUAAGAGCUCGACUACAAGAACUUCGAUUAAGACUACAAUCGUUACGUCGACUAACAGGCAUCUACUCAUUAAAAUUAGGAGCAGCUUUAGGAUUGGAUCCACGUGAUAUCGGACUCGUUGCUACGUCCUCCUCAUUAGCCACUCUUUCUCGCGACCUACUCGAUGAAGCUGCCUCUGGGUCCUCUCAGCCACACACAACAGCUGCCACAGAUGGUGACGAAACACAUCAAAUACCACCAAGACAAGGAUAUAGUUUUCUAGGAAGAGUUCUGCGUGUUUCUCUUCCGAUACAAGCAUUAAUGCUGUUGCUACUUGGUAUAACUUCAUUGAUACCGUCAACAGAAGAAGAUUACAAUUGCAUGCUCUCUAACAAUCUCGCUCGAAGUUUCACUCUAAUGGUCUAUCAUCCAAAUGGACCGCCGCCUUUGUAACAAAAACAGAAUGUCUUCACUUCAUUUAUGCCUAUUGGUAAAAACUACUGCAUUGAU